CCUGUAUUUUAAAAUACAUUUGAAGCACCCCUAAAUCUGUUGUUUAUUUAGCAUUUGAUCAGAAGAAAAAGGACAAAAUGGGCACAGCAACAUUCAUAGACAUUCUUCUGGCCAUCCUCCUGCCUCCUCUUGGUGUUUUCCUCAAGUUUGGCUGCGAGGUGGAGUUCUGGAUCUGUGUUUUGUUGACUCUCUUUGGUUGGCUACCUGGUAUUAUCUAUGCCAUUUGGGUCCUCACUAAGUGAUCAUCAUAUCCUUCCCUAUGGUGUAUAUGUGAAGGCCAUUACUAAAUAUGUUCACCUCCGCUAAUGGAGUAUCUAGCUGCUUUUAAUUUAUUCUUGGUUAGUUCUGAUGGUGUGUUUAUCCCCUCAUUUUUCUUUUUCUUUUUUUGGUUAUUCUUUCUUGUGUUAUUCAAUUGGGAAAUUUGGAUAGAGUGUUGAAGAUAUGUGUUCCAGGGUCUUCAUUACAUUGGUUGUAAGUCCUUUGGAUUGUAAUGUGACUUCCAUUCUGUUAUUUUAAUUGAAUUGAAUAUACCAAUAAUUUCCAGUACUAUUA